AUGCUUACCGAACAAGAAGCCAGACAACUGUACCGAGACUCCCUCCACAUCGACUCGCUCAACAUCGCCAACUGGGGGCCAGAAAUUUUCCAGUCAUGGCGUAAAGGAAAUAUCACCGUCGUUUCUUGCACCUGCGGGUUAUGGGAAGAUUUCAAAGGUACGAUUGCCAAUAUUGUUCAGUGGAAGAAAUGGUAUGAGGAAUACAGCGAUUUGAUCAUGGAGAUCAAGUGUAUCGACGAUAUCUACACAGCCAAGAAGCUCAACAAAACAGGUGUGAUCUUGAACUUCCAAAACAGCAGUGGAAUCGAGGAUCAGCUGGACUAUCUACGAGUUUUCAGAGAUCUCCAUGUGAAACAGAUCCAGCUCACGUACAAUACCCAAAAUUACUCUGGUGCCGGAUACACGGAACUGAGAGAUUCCGGGUUGACCGGGUUUGGACGUGAGGUCGUGGACCAGAUGGCUCAGCUAGGAAUCGUGUGUGAUCUUUCGCACGUCGGUCAUCAAACCACCAUGGACACCAUCGAGUACGCGCCAAAACCGCCAUGCUUUUCUCACGUGCUUCCUGCCGGGAUGAAGGCUUCUGGAAGAAACAAGACCGAUGAGGAGAUCAGAGCUUUGGGUGCAAAGGGAGGAAUGGUGGCAGCAUCGAACUUUGGUCCACAUAUGAGAAAAGGCAACGAUAGUACCAUUGAUGACUACGUUGAGGUGUUGGAGUACUUUAUUGACCUUGUCGGAGAAGACCUUGUUGGUAUUGGAUCUGAUGCCUCGGAGGGUCACGCCAGACCAUCUCCUUUCCUUGAGUGGUGUAACAAGGAUAAAGGUUAUGCCAGAGUUAUGACGGAAUGGGGUAGCUCGAAAGUGGUGAAACCGCUUGGAAAGCUUGCCGACAGGGAGGAACUCGCAGUGGCCAUGGCCAGAAGAGGCUGGACCGCCGAGCGCAUCAAGAAAGUGCUCGGUUUGAACUGGCUCAACUACUACAAAAAGAUUUGGGAGGAAUAA